AUGUCAGAUCCUACCGAUGAGGCCCCUACCGGGGGGCCCCCUGCCGAGGGUACCCCUACUGAGGGGUCACCUACCAAGGGGCCCCUUGUUAAAGCAGAUUCUUCGAAGCACUCUGAAGCAGCCGCGAAAUCGGACUCAGGCCUCCAGUCUCUUAAAGGCGAGGAAGCUGCUGCUGCUGGGCUGCAGGAGAGGGAGCAGGGCCAGCAGGAGCAGCAGCAGGGGGAGAUAGAGCAGCAGCAAGAUAACUCUAACACACCUCGUUCCAAACAACAGCAGCAAAAGCAGCAGCAGCAACAACAACAGGAGCAGCAUCAACAACAGCAGCAGCAGCAGCGGCGAACAGGGAGUUCCGGUAGACAAAACAGCGGCAGUUUAAGAUUAUCGUCUUCGAGUUUAAGUGGUCGCAGUAUUGGACUGGCGCAGCAAAUGAUGGCUCUUGCAGCAAUAGCAGAAGCAAGCAGCAGCAGCAGCAGCAGCAGCAGCAGCAGCAGCACUGCGCCUCCUGUUGGAGUUGCUGUUGCAGGUUCCGGUCGUUUGCGCCUCAUGCGGCGGGACGAUUCCCUCUCUUCGCAAGCAUCAGCAGCAUCAGCAGCAGCUGCGGCUGCUGCUUCUGCUGCUUCUGAGGGAGAUACGUCGGACCGGGAGGUCCAGCAGCAGCAGCAUUUGAUGGGAGCAGCAGAUAGGGGUUCCAGUGGCGAGUUGGGUGGUGUUGCUGCUGGCAGCAGCAGCAGCAGCAGCUCUGGUGUGUCUCCUCGUUUAAGGGAUUCUUUGCUGCUGCGGUCUCUUUCUUCUGUCUCUGUUGCUGACUUAGCUGUUGCUGAAGGGCAAGAAGGACUGGCAGAAGUCUUUUGGAAACCUGGUGAAGGAGAAGUGCUAGAAAAUCAGUUCGGGGGCCGUCGAAAGUUGAUGGUUGGAGGCAGCCGCGAGAUGCCUGAGGCCCUCUUCCGUGACAUCGAAGAGGCGAAUGACUCACAGAGCUUAUCCGGGUUUGGAGGAACGACGCGAGGACGCAGCGGCCGGGCGGUGAAGGAGAAGUUGGAGGGAAUGAAUAAAAAGUUUUGGGGGGACAUUGAUGAUGAGCUGCAGAGAGAAGUCCUCAAGAGGCGAGAGCAGCGGCAGCAGCAGAAGCAACAAGAGCAGCAGCAGCAUCUCCAAGAGAAGAAGGAAAACGGAGAGGAAAUCUUUGAGGUCGAAGGUGUUCCCACACCAUCGCCUCCACCAACAACUGCAGGCGACACGCCAACCGAUGUAGAUUUGGAUGGCGAGUUAUCAGUUGACAAUUUAGAUCUCGAUUUGGCCUUCGAACGAUUUGCAGGAGCAGACUUUGCACAGACAGAAGAGAUACAAGAGGACGACUUGCGGCAGCUAUUAUAUCCCUUACAGUUGGGGUGUAUGUACACCCGAAGAUGGAUAGAGAAGAAGGAAAGCCCAUUAAAAAGAUUAAAUCGACUUAGACAAGAAAUACCACAAACUCUUGAACUCAUCGAGAGUCUCUGCGAGUAUGCAGACACGGCAAAGGAGGAGGAGCAGCACGAAGAUAAUUCCUCUGUAGCUGCUUAUAUCCUCUCUUCAAACGAAGCAUUAGCGGCUGCAGCACAGGAAGCACAAAAUGCUGUGCGCGAGGGAGUGGCAGCAGAUGCUGCGCUGCAGCAGGUCCUCUUCAAGCAACAGCAGCAGCAGCAGCAGCAGCCGCAGCAGCAGCAGCAGCAGGAUAUUGAUGAAUCAGCAGACACAGGAGGCCUGCUUGCUCCCCUGUACUGCCCCAAAUCUUGUAUAGAGAUGUCGGCAUUAGAGCAGCUGCAAUUCCAGCAGCAGCAGCAGCGGCAACGGCGACAGCAGCGGUCCAGCUGCAGCUUCAGCAGCUCUCUAGAGGUGUUGGACGCUUCACAUCUAACAAUCGCCUCACGAGCUGCUGCUGCAAGGCGGUUGCUGCACCUCGAAGACAGACUUAAGCGGCUUGAGCAACUCUGUGUGCCUCAAGCAGCAACAGCAACAACAGGAGGAGCAGCGGCAACAGCAGCAACAGGAGAAGCAACGGCAACAGCAGAUGCCGAGGUCUUAGAGUUGGCUCGCCAAUGGGAGGCAGACCCAGAGGCCCCAACCCUCGCCGAGUUGGCUUCGCGACUGCACCGUCUGCUGUCUUUGGUGGCUGAUCCUUCUCCUUUAUCGGAGAUGUCUGCGCGUUUAGGUGUGGUGCGCUGCUGCUUAGACGAGCAGGAGCAGCAGCAGCAGCAGCAACAGCAGCAGCAGCGCCAGCAGCAACGUUGGGAGCAAGAGAGAGGAUUAUUAGAUGAAGAAGAACUUCUUGAUUAUUCACCAGAAAAAAUUAUUAUUUCUCUUUAUAAUAAAAUUAUUCCUUGCAGUAUUUAUACUUAG